AUGCGCAAGAAGAAGGCCACGCCACUUCCCAAAAGCGCCAGCAAGGGCAAAUUUCCGAAAGCUCCCCCGAAGCAGCCGAGCCCGAAGAAUGGUGGUGCGGCGGGUGGUGUUGUGCUGGUGAGGGACACACACCAAGAGGCCAGGCAGCAGGUCGUCUACCCCAACUCUCCGCGCGCUCCGAACCAAAAGAAGUACCACCACCAACAGCAGCAGCAACAGCAGUUGAGCAGUGGCCACGCCCACCGGAAGGCGGUCAGCCCCGGCUUCUACCCAUCCCCACGACAUCACAACAAACAGGGCAGCCACGCAGCCGGAAAAGGGCAGCCACGCUCGCCAUCGCCGGCUCGUCCGGCCUCGGAGAGUGAGCGCCCGACCGAGUUGCCCACGACGGCCACCACCACCGCCAACACCACAGCCCUCCUCCAGCAGCAGCAGCUGCUGCAGAACGCCCCUCCUCCGCCUAGCUCGGCCCUGUCGACGACCGCCUCCACCCAGCCACAACUCCAACAAGUGGCCCCGCCCCGUGACGAGGACAAGACGGUCAAGGAGUCGCAGAAGGGAAAGGGAGGAGGAGGUGGCCGAGAUCCCGAUGAGCGGCAGAUGGCCAAGUUGCGCAACUUUGUCGACAACACCCUCAAGCUGGGCAUUGAGGGAAUGGAGACACAGUGGCGCCUGGUGAAGGACCACCUUCCCGUCGCCGCCACCCGCAUGGACUUUGACGCCAACCCGGGCAAAAAUCGAUUCCAGGACAUGGUGUGCAUCGACCAGACACGCGUCUUCCUCGAGCAGACCCACUCUGACUACAUUCACGCGUCGUGGGUGGCUGUCGGCGAGGAUAGGAAGGCGAUCGUGACGCAGCUACCCGUGCCCUCUGCUGCCCCCGAUUUCUGGGAGAUGUGUCUCCAGAAUGAGGUGCAGGGCAUCCUGCUCAUCCUCAGCCCCGCCGAGUACGGCCGAUUCGGCGCCGAGCACGUCUUCCCCAGCAAGGGUGACUUUAUCCACUACCGUAACCACCUGAAGGUGGGCUGCGUGAAGAGGGUCGAGGUGGCGGCCAAUUGGUCCCUUUCCGUCUACACCAUCAAGCACGGGCAUCGCCAGAGGUACGUGCACGUCCAUCACUACUCGGACUGGCUGCACAACGGGCGGCCCGGCAAAAUGGAGGAAAUGUGGCAACUGGAGGCAAUCUUCCGCCGCUACCGCCACCCCCAUGUCUAUAUGAGCCUGAGUGGAGGGGGAAGGGCCGGCACUUUUGCUGCCUUCCAGCUUGCCCACUGGCGUCUGCACUCGGCGAAGGUGGAGGCCGUCUCCAUCCCCAGCUGCAUCACGGCCACCCGCAAUUUCCGGAUGCACGCCGUCCAGUCGGCCGUCCAGAUGCAAUUCCUCUACCUGGCCAUCACCAAGCACAUCUUCUCCAUGCAGAGCGUCGACGCCAUCCUCCCCGAGAAGGAGUCCAAGUUUUCGCGUUUCCUGCAGCUGUUGACGAAAUACGCGCAGAGGGACCAGCUGCAGAUGAAUCGACUGGGCGAUGGAUUCUUC